UGCGCUAAGGACGCCAUGUGCUUUUGAGAGAGCGCAAGAGAGAGACAGAGAGGGAAGAAGACUCGCGGCAGACGGAGAGGCUGUGUGAUACUUUGCGAUCGGUUGUGCUGUUUCAUCGCGGGGGGGUUUGUUGGAAGUGGCGGACAGGAUGUAUUGCACGACGCACUGCUUUCGGACCGCGCUGCGAAUCGUGGCAAACACACGCCGGCAAGAACUUCGGCGGACACCAGCACUAAGUGCCCUCAGACUCCUCAAGACCAGUCCAGCUAGCCACUCUGAUUCCAUCGCCGCCCCUCCGCUGGACGGCGCGCCCAAACACUAUUCCCCCAAAAUUCAGCAACUGGUCAACGACAUAGCCAGCCUCACCUUACUAGAGGUGUCAGACCUCAACGAGCUUCUUAAGAAAACACUCAACAUUCAAGAUGUUGGGAUGAUGCCAAUGGGGGCCAUGGGUUCAGCAGCUGGACCUGCUGCUCAGUCCAUAGAAGAGGAGGAAAUACCAGCCAAGAAGGAAAAGACUCAUUUCACUGUAAAAUUAACAGAAUUGAAGGCUGCCGACAAGGUCAAACUCAUAAAAGAAGUAAAGAAUUGCAUCCAGGGCUUGAAUCUGGUGCAGGCGAAAAAACUGGUGGAGAGUCUUCCACAAGAGAUCCGGGCUAAUGUGUCCAAAGAGGAGGCAGAGAAACUGAAAGCGGCCCUGGAGGCAGCAGGUGGCACUGUGGAACUGGAGUAGAUCUGACCUGCCUUCUCGUGCCCUUCACCUUUUGGCUGCUCGUGCACUUAUUACUUCAUUCAGUUUUCCCCUUUUUUUAUACAACAAAAAGAAGAAAGGAACCUGGAGACAAAACAAAAAGAAAUGGAGCAAUGCCUUCCUGACAUUAUUUGUUGCUUUAUCUGUGUCACGUGGGGUGGUCCAACACACAGACUGAACUUUUCAGGUUCUUAACUUGAACACAAAGGCCACCCUGCUGUCUGCUUGUCCAUUUGUCCAUAUUCCUGUUUAUUUCAUGUUUUGGUGAGCCACUGGGCUAUGGAAACGCUGGCCCUGGGUGCCAAGUCAGUCAGUCAAGUCCAUCUGUGUAUCUCUACCUCACCACAAAGGUUGUUCUAAAGUUGUUGCUAAAAGGGUAAUUAUUGCUGUUGAUUGUGGUGAAGUAAACAGGUUAUUUAAUACAGUUGAAAGGGCCGUUUCUUUAAAUUCCUCAUAUGAUCAUCCAUAACGUGAUUAAAAUGGAAACUAUCCACAUUUUCUUUCUUGCCCUUUUCAUUUGUUCGCUCUCUCUUGGUUGAUUUUGCUCCUGUGCAAAAAUCCUGUGAAUGCAGAGGGAAUAUGGAUGUAGUGAGAAUGACAUUAUUGAAUCAUCGUAUAAGUGAUGCUUUAAAUGUGUCUUAUCUGGUAUGCUGACAGCUUCCAUUCCACCGGUUGUUGUACUGCUGCUGGCCACUAGAGGUCAGAAGACAUCUAGAGUCAAUGUGGCUGUCUAAACUACAUGGGAAAUUUAGCCAGAAUCUUACAAAUUUGACAUUGACAAUUUUUCUGUUGAAAUUACAC